UGCACUGUCACACGUUGCCUCUAUUAACAUCUAAUAUACGUGAUCAUGAAGUUUCUCUUACGAACGGACACACACGUUAACACCGAGAUACCAGUAAAUGUGCCAGCAGCUAAAUGCACGUAUUCUCAGAUGCUGGCCGCAUUAUCAGUAUCAUUGUGCUCAAUGAUGAUUGGUUACUCGAUCGCCUAUACAUCACCAGCAUUAGUAUCUAUGCGCGACCCUAGCACAGCGAGUUUCGAAGUUAGCAGACAAAUGGGUAUGUGGAUCGGGUCACUAAUGCCUUUAAACGCACUUUUCGGUGGCAUUGCUGGAGGGCCAUGCAUCGAGUAUCUCGGGAGAAGAAACACGAUACUCUCCACAGCGUUCCCAUUUAUCGGAUCGUGGCUUUUAAUUGCACUGGCUCAGAAUGUCGCGAUGGUGUUAGUUGGGCGCGCAAUAUGUGGGUUUAGCGUGGGUGUUGCUUCCUUAUCACUACCUGUGUACUUAGGCGAGACGAUACAUGCAGAAGUGCGCGGCACUCUCGGCCUGAUGCCCACCGUCUUUGGUAAUGGUGGAAUAUUAAUAUGCUACACGUUGGGUAUGUGUCUGAAUUGGAGAAACCUGGCGCUGGUAGGUGCGUGCUUGCCAAUACUGUUCUUGAUUCUGAUGUUUCUAAUCCCGGAGACCCCGAGGUGGUACAUCUCAAAGGGAAAGACGAAGGAGGCGCAAAAAUCUCUGCAAUGGCUCCGCGGCAAGGACGCCGAUAUAACCGAAGAAUUGACUAUGAUCGAAAAGAUUCAUGUGGAGAGCGAACAAAACGCCUCUCAGAGAACGAUCUUGGAGUUAUUGAAGAGCACCAAUCUGAAACCACUACUCAUUUCCUUGGGACUGAUGUUAUUCCAACAAAUGUCAGGAAUCAACGCGGUUAUAUUCUACACGGUGCAAAUUUUCCAGGACGCUGGUAGCACGAUUGAUGAAAAUCUUUCGACUAUAAUUAUCGGUUUGGUGAACUUAAUAUCCACUUUCGUCGCCGCAUUCACGAUCGACAAGGUGGGCAGAAAGGUGCUGCUGUACAUAAGCGGCGGAGCGAUGGUUCUAACGCUCUCCAUCCUCGGCGGACACUUUUACGUGAAAUCAUGCGGUGUCGAUGUGACGGCCUUCGGCUGGCUGCCAUUAGUCAGUUUAAUCGUCUACGUGAUCGGCUUUUCGCUGGGUUUCGGUCCGAUUCCCUGGCUGAUGAUGGGCGAGAUCUUGCCAGCCAAGAUUCGCAGCUCAGCUGCCAGUAUUGCGACUGCCUUUAAUUGGAUGUGCACCUUCAUCAUAACGAAAACAUUCGAGGACAUAAUAACGGUAGUUGACACGCACGGCACUUUCUGGUUGUUCGGUGCCAUGGUCAUAGUGGGCAUCAUCUUCGUAAUCAUCAGCGUACCGGAGACGCGCGGCAAAUCACUCGAGGAGAUCGAGAUGAGUUUUACCGGGCCAACUAGAAGAAUGAGCGCGGUCGCCAACAUGAAGCCGAUGCCGACGGCCUCCUAGCUACCAAUCGAUGCUCAAUCGCGAUUUUCAUCAACGGGAAAAUUUAUCAGAACAAGAGGGAACAGGACUCAACGAUGUCACUUUAGGGGUAAGGUUUCCUUAAAGAUACUUAAUGAUACCCAUAUAAAUAAUUUUAGUUUAAAGCGAAAUCAAGCUCGAAGGUAUGCUUCCUGCGAAGCUUCUUACGAAUAUGUCGCAUUUGUCCUGUGAGAAACGCAGCCGCAAUUUGCAUUUAAUGUACAGUUUAAUA